AUGCAGUGGAAGCGGAGUGUCCAACAGCUUUUCACUGCAGAUCAGAUGAUCAUUCUCAAGAUGCUCAUUGAAGACGGCCUGCUACUCAACUUGCAAGGAAAGACCUGCCCCAUGUGCAACCGAGGCCCUUUGGGCAAGCUGCAGCUUCGAGACAGUGGACUAGCAAGGCAUCGCUGCAACAGCAAGAGCUGCCAGCGUGUUGUCACUCCACAGCAUUUGCAUCCUUUGUUCGCAACAGCCAGGGCUCUGGAAGGACAUUCUUUGCAAGUGCAAUCUGCUGCUCUCCUCAUGUGCCUGGCCAACAGCACAAUCCACAUCCUGACCAAGAUCAAUUACAAGGCUUUGGAACGCUUGGACCGCAGCUUGGCAGUCCUUCGCAAGAAAUAUGUUGAUUGCAAGGAUGGGGACAUCAACCUUGGCAAAGGAGGGGGCACUGGCAUGACGUUGAAGCAGGAUCGCCUGCACCUGCGUCAAGCUGCAACUGUUGGCUCCACUAUCCUGCGCACACAGAUCCGGGGCGCCCAGUAUGAGCACUGGAAGCGCGACAAAGAUAUGUACAAGUAA